UCGCCCGGGGGAUUCCGGCCCACCUGGGCGAGUCACGGCGGCGAGGAGGCGGCGCCGCCAGAGAAAUGACGGGCCGGCCCCGCCAAUAGGCGCGCGCGGAGGGCUGACAGGCAGGCGGCUGGCCCAAUGGGAGCGCGGCGGCCGCUGCAGGGCAGGGGACCCGGAGGGGAGUUGGGCGCAGGAAGUCUGACAAAUAGAAAAUACUACCAAGUGAAGAGAAAAUUUACUUCACAAGAACUGAGUGAACUACUUUAAUUGCUUUUAAAAUUCUAUUUGUAUUAAUAACUGAUUAGUGUCAAAACAUUUUUGAAUCUGUUCUGGUAAAAUUAUUAGCUUAAAGCUGGAAAAAAUGAAACAAUUAAAAAGAAAAAGAAAAAGCAAUUUUAGUGUUCAGGAAACGCAAACUCUCCUUAAGGAAAUCAGAAAAAGAAAAGAAGUACUCUUUUCCAAGCAACUUAAUACAACAAUUAAUGAGAUGAAACGGAAAGCUUGGGAGGAAAUAGCAGAAUGUGUGAAUGCUGUAGGUGAAGGAGAGCAAAGAACAGGGACAGAAGUGAAAAGACGGUACCUUGAUUGGAGAGCACUCAUGAAGAGAAAACGCCUGAACGCAAACAUCAAAGUAGUAGGUGCUGGGUUUCACUUUCCUUCAUCUGAUUUAGAUGACUCUCUCAAUGAAGAAAUGGAUGAGAAAAUGGGAUUUGCAAAUGAAUGUAGUUUUGAAUGGCAGAAUAUCACUGACUUCAGAGAAGCAGGUGGAUCUUUAACAGAAAUCAAAGUGGAAGAGGAAGAGGAGGAUCCGCAGAGUUUUGAAUUUCCUAUUGAGGAAGAAGAAGAAAUUUUGUCAUCAGUUUUGCCAGAUUCGAAAAAGGAAAAUGACCUACCAGAUUUUACUCACAUUGAAGAGUUUGGAAAUCUAAGCUCUGCUCAAGCUAGGCUAGUCUAUGAAGAUUCUCACUUGCUUAUAAAUCUGGAGAAGCAGAAGGUGGAGUUGGAGAAACAGCGACUAGACAUUGAAGCUGAAAGGCUGCAGGUGGAAAAGGAGCGUCUGCAAAUAGAAAAAGAACGGUUACGGCAUGUUGACUUGGAGCAUGAGAGACUUCAACUUGAGAAGGAGCGACUUCAGAUUGAGCGAGAGAAAUUGAGGCUAGCGACUCUGCAAGCUGAAAAACCUACCCUAGAAAAUGACCUUGCUCAAAUAGAGAAACCCAUCAUGCAGCCUCUGGAUCUAGAAACUGAAAAGUUAAAACUUGAGAAAGAACGUUUGCAGUUAGAGAAAGAGAGAUUACAGUUCUUAAAGUUUGAGUCAGAGAAGCUGCAGAUUGAGAAGGAACGCUUGCAAGUGGAGAAAGAACGUCUUAGAAUUCAGAGAGAGGGCCACUUGCAGUGAACUUCUUAACUUAAGCAUAGAUUUAGUGUUUUGAUGUUUGUAAAAUAGAGGUUGUUCUUUUCUUAAUACUGAAACUGUUCUAGGGGCUUAAUGUUCUUCUGUCCAGAAUUGAAUGUUGAUGUUAAACUUUUAAAAAUGGAAUAGUGCUUAAUAAGUCAGUGUGCCUACAUAAAUGGAGCUUAUGUAUGAAAUUGUUUUUCAGUAUAUCAGAGCAAAAUGUUAUGUUCACUUGUCUUUAGUAUUGUAUUGUAUAGUUUGGUGUCCUCUUCCCACAGACAAAUUGAUUUUUUUUUUAAUGCAGUAACAGUAAUUCCCUAAAAUUACAGGAAUCACAAAAUAAAUCAGCAUAUGUUGUGAGGGCAUGGUGCGGAAGAUAGCCCACACAGUAUAUAUGUGUAAUUUAAACUGAACACAGUAACACAGAGCUAUGAUGUGAUUGCUUCAUUAUACUCAGUUCCCCCCUUUCAGAGUUUUCCAUCCCCACAAUUAAAAGAGGAGUUCAGGAAUUAUCUAAGAGUGAAGUACAAGUUAAAUUCCCUACAGUGGUGUCUACUGUUGUUCCAUGACCUAAACUGAGUAGGAGUGCAGAAGAUAGUGAACUCCUUCCAUUUGCAUGAAGUAUUCAUACUACACAAAGCUGUAUAUCAAUAAUACCUACACUGUUGGAUGUAUCAGGUCAUGAAUAAUGCUAUAUAGAAUAAUUUACAUCUAGAUUACCUGUCUGAAUAUAGCAAGAGGACUUAGUAGCAGGAAGUAGCUGUCAGAUCAACCUGUGGUGACCCCCUGAAGUAAAUUGCUAGAUUUGAUCUGUUCCUUGAGAGACAGUAGCUCAUGAUGGGAGUCUUGGGAGUGAAGUCAAAGGCAGAGCCCAUGUUAAGGAACACUAAGCUUCUCACUCUUGAUGUUAGUUCUACCUGGCCAGGAUUAAGAUCAUCUCAAUAAGGCAGGAUAAAGAAGCUUGAAUGGCUGACACCAUACAGUAUGUGUUAAAUUAGGUAAACAGAAGUGAUUAUUGUUGAAGUUGUCAUUUUUUUCAUAAGUGAUGUAUUCAUUUAAAAUAAUAAUAAAGAACAAGGAAACUUUC